AUGCCCGUCGUCAACGGCAUCCCGGUCGCUAUCCCACCUCCCGAGGGCUAUGUAGUCAACUUUAAACACCCCCAGAGGCGCCAUGAGACGGAAGCCUAUGUGGCUUCAAGUGUGGGAAUGGGCCUUGCCUUCUUUUUCGUUCUUCAAUAUCUAUAUGUAAAAGUAUGGAUCUUACGCAAGCUAGAGUUAGAGACAGGAUGGAUUUUCUCCAUUGGCGUGCAAGUUGUCGCACUUCGCGUGCAUACAUGGGAGAUCCCCCUCGCCAAGUUUAACACUGGAAACCAGCUUUCCUUCGUUAUCCCGAUCCUGUAUGCAGUAUGUACCGCCUUCUCCAAGAUGGCGCUGGCGCUAUUUUACCGCUAUAACCUGGCCAUCAUGCUCGUUAUCCUUUUUGGUUGCGCCCCGUUUGCGAAGAGCUGGGACCACACGAUGCUUGAGGGGACAUGCGUGAACAGACCGGCGGUGUAUAUCUGUACCGCCGGUCUUGGGAUCUUGUCAGACCUCAUCCUCCUGAUAAUGCCGUUGCCAAUGGUUCUGCGCUCGCGGAUACCUCGGCGGCAAAAGGCUGGCCUCGUUGUACUGUUUGCUAUCGGUUCUGCAACACUGGUGACUUCGGUAAUACGACUAGUACUCCUGGUUCCGAUUUUUGGCGCUCUCGACGUCAGUUGGAUUAUUUCCGGCGCGAUAGUCUGGGUUUUUAUCGAAGCGAACCUCCUAAUUAUCUGCGCAUCACUGACGACUCUUCGUUGCUUCUUUUAUCGCGUCGCACCAACAAUUAUUGGCGUGCGAGUAUCAUCCAACGGCAUCGAGAGCAGCAAAGGGACGAGAAAACAUCCCUUCCAAACAAUAGAAACGUUCGGGGGAAAAUCAAAAUCGAGAAGAGGACAACCCGAUAGCCCGACUGUAGAUCCCGGAUUUGACCUCAAAACCAUUGCCAGGGCGCAACCGGUGAGGACAGAAGUCACAGUCUACACGCCUGACGAGGAGAGAGAUGAAACUAUCAAGCAACUGCGGAGAGAAAAGUCGAUCAAGAAAUUUGGCUGCGCGGCAGCGGAAACGCAAACAUGGAAUACAUGCAAGGAUAGCAGUGAUGAUGAGGAGCUGGCGAUUGUGCAGACGACGACUGUGACAGUCGUAUACGGACCCCGGGAAAGUUACAUGCCGCCCAAAAAGGUUGAGGACAUGGCUUGA